AUUACAGAUAGAUGAAAACGUGGCAAGGGAGAUCAUCAAUCACAGAUCUCUUAGGCACCCCAAUAUAAUCCGGUUCAAGGAGGUGGUUUUGACACCCACACAUUUGGUUAUUGUCAUGGAGUAUGCUGCCGGAGGGGAACUCUUUGAACGAAUCUGCAAUGCGGGUAGAUUCAGUGAAGAUGAGGCAAGAUAUUUCUUUCAACAGUUGAUUUCUGGUGUCAACUACUGUCAUUCAAUGCAAAUAUGCCACAGAGACCUGACAUUAGAAAACACACUGUUAGAUGGAAGCCCUGCUCCACGCUUGAAAAUCUGUGAUUUUGGUUACUCCAAGUCAUCUCUGCUGCACUCGAGACCCAAAUCCACUGUUGGAACUCUAGCAUAUAUAGCGCCAGAAGUCCUAUCUCAGAGAGUAUAUGAUGGCAAGCUGGCGGAUGUGUGGUCAUGUGGAGUUACUCUGUAUGUUAUGCUGGUGGGGGCAUACCCUUUUGAAGACCAAGUGGAUCCAAGGAAUUUUAGGAAAACAAUUCAGCGAAUAAUGGCAGUUCAAUACAAAAUUCCGGACUAUGUUCAUGUAUCACAGGACUGCAGGCACCUACUCUCUCGCUUAUUCGUUUCAAAUCCAUCCAGGAGAAUCACAAUCAAGGAAAUCAAAAAUCAUCCUUGGUUUUUAAAGAAUUUGCCAAGAGAGCUGACAGAGUCAUCUCAGGCCAUUUAUUACCAGAGGGAUAAUCCAACCUAUUCCCUUCAAACUGAGGAGGAGAUAAUGAAAAUCGUAGCAGAAGCAAGAACUCCACCUCCAUCAUCCACACGAGUCAAGGGCCUUGGCUGGGGGACAGCAGAAGAAGAUGAAGAAGAAGAUGUGGAGGCUGACGUGGAAGAAGAGGAUGAUGAAGAUGAAUAUGACAAGAGGGUCAAGGAAGUUCAUGCUAGUGGAGAAUUCCAUAUCAGUUAAGGCAGCAUUAUAUUGUCCAAUUAUAUCAUGCAAGAAAGGACUUAAUGUCAUGACUUCAGCUGUUUUCCUAUUUGUGUGUAUAAUAGCCAAGUACUGCUGCUUCUCAUUUCCAAAAAAACAUAUUCCUAGUAGAUCUUCAAGUUUCUAACAUGUAGAAGGCUAUGCAUGUAAUUCCCAGUUUACCUUGCUAUGAAGUUCUAAUGUAUGAAAAAUGAAAUUGUCUUGCUUCUCUUAUUGGAUUAGCCCUUUUCGA